GAUUACAGAGAGGCUUUUGGCACGUUCGACAAAGAUGGCGACGGUACUAUAACAAUCAAAGAGUUGGGGACAGUGAUGAGGGCACUAGGUCAGAACCCGACGGAAGCUGAGUUACAGGACAUGAUCAACGAAGCGGACGCUGAUGGCAGCGGUUGCAUCGAAUUUCCCGAAUUCCUCACCAUGAUGUCCAAAAAGGGGCUAAAAAGUGAGGAUCCCGAGGAGGACUUACGAAAAGCCUUUAAUGUAUUUGAUCAAGAUGGAAACGGCUUCCUUACCGCAGACGAAUUAAGACACGUAAUGCUGAAUUUAGGCGAAAAAUUAUCACUGGCUGAAGCAGAGGAAAUGAUACGAGAAGCGGAUAUAGACGGUGAUGGACAAAUAGAUUACAAAGAAUACGUGAAAAUGAUGACGUCAGUGUGAAGUUCAUGACAUUGCGUCAAUCUUAUCGUCACGUGAUAAUCGUUUGUGUCAUCCUCUGGUGGUGAUCCAAUUACCGCUGACUUACGAUGCUGUAAACGCGAUCUCGGUGGGGAUAUAAUUUCGCGAUUUCCAUAGGUAAAUUAUACAUGUAGGGGUUAAUUCCGCAUUGUUUUCGUCAAUCAUCUGUUUCAUUAAAACAUAUAGAUAACAAAAUAAUACUUCCACGCGUAUAACGCGUACAAUUACACGCCACGUAAAUGUCCAUGCUUAAAGGAAUUAAGAAAGGCACAACAGGAAGAAUUUAUUGCAAUGACAACGAUUUGAUUGGAUUUUGCCCACGACGAUAUCGCUCUACGAAUUUGAUUGGAUUUUGCCCACGUCGAAAUCGCUCAACGAAUUUCAUUUGAUCUUGCCCUCGAUUACAUCGCUCCAUGAAUUUCAUUCGGUCUUGCCCACAACGAUAUCGCCCCACAAAUGUUAUUGUUAUAUUCUAUAUCUUAAUAUUGUUACAAAUAUUUUAAGAAUAACUAUUUUUUAUUAAAGAACUUAUUUUU